UUUUGUUGGAGCCGUGGAGACACACAGCAAUAGCUCGAAUAAAAUAUAUGGCAGACAAAUUUCCCCCCGAUCUGCAUCCUGCUAAAAAAAAGAGAAGCGAGAAAAGCUAGAGAGAGAGAAACGGGGCCUCUCCAAAAAAUUUCCGGCAUGGAGAUCGAGACUGGACUGAGCUAACUCCGUUUCCCUACAGCGGAAUAUAGAAACGUGGAGUGUUUUAUUCAAACCCUUUGUGUGUCUCUAUAUAUAUAUAGACACACACACAUAUAUAUAAAUACAUAUAUACUGCUAUAUAUAUUUAUAUAUAUAGAAUUAUAUUUAUGUUCCCUGCACCCGGAGUCACACUAUUUGCUGUAUUUGUUUAGGAUGGAACACGCUGAAGGCCCUGUAAGAAAAAGGGAAACUUAAAGGAUGCUGGAGCAGAACAAUGGAUUUCUCCUUCUCUUUCAUGCAAGGGAUCAUGGGAAACACAAUUCAGCAACCCCCUCAGCUCAUUGACUCGGCUAACAUCAGACAGGAUGACGUGUACGAUGCCAUCAGUGACCCAGGGGACGAGGGUGGACCCCCAACGUACGAAUCUCCGCUGGAGUCUGGUUUCUCCUACCCUCCUGAAGACCCUCCAGUGGUCGCAAACGGUUACCCGACGGGGAUCGGCAGCUAUGAGCAUCAGGCGAAGUUUGCUUUGUACUCACAGUACCCCAAUGGCUCUGCUAACGGCUACGGCGCCAUCCGUAACUACGGCGACCAUGGCCUGCUGCUGGGUGAGGGGACAGUGUUGAGGACGCCGGUGGUCCAGGAAAAGCCUUCAUCUCACAUUUCUUCUCCCCCUGCUCCUUCCCACUCUCACCUUCAUCACCAGCCUCAUCCUCCUCCUCCCCCUCACCCCCACCAUCAGCAUCAGCACCAACAGCAGCAUCAGCACCACCUUCCCGCUCCCAACCCUCCGCUGUUGCCCCAGCACCAUCAUCAUCCUCAUCCUCCUCCGUCUUCUCAUCUCCUCCCUCCAGUGUUCACUCCUCCUCCUCCUAUCCUCCUUCCCACCUCUCCUCCUCCGCCUCCUCAGUCUAUCCAGGAUGGCGCCGCCACCUCCAACCCCCUCGCGCACACCAUCGCGCCGAAAAAGACUGAGAAAAGCUCCCCAGAGAUCAAGAUCAAGAUCAUAAAGACGUACCAGAAUGGCCGAGAGCUCUUUGAGUCGUCCCUCUGUGGGGACCUGCUGCAGGAGUUCCAGGCAACUCAGGCCUCCAGGAGGAGGCAUGAACAGAAGAAGGAGAAGAGAAAAAAGCGAAGCGGACGCCACGCUCCCACAGCCGAGCUGCCCGAGCAGGCCAGUGAGGAAAAAACGGACCAAACCCCCGGCCCAGCCCAGCCCAGCGAAGGCCACCCUGCAGCGCAGGAGCAACAGGCUGCAGCCGGCCUAAAAAACCCCAAAGCAGAACCUAAGGAACACAAGGUGGAGAAGCACUUUCCCUCUGUCAUCACCAGCACAGGAGUCUGUGUGGAAUAUGAGAUCGGAGACUUGGUGUGGGCUAAAGUGGGGACGUAUCCAUGGUGGCCCUGCAUGGUCUCCUCAGACCCCCAGCUGAAGGUCCACACGCGCAUAAACACCAGAGGUCAUAGGGAAUACCAUGUGCAGUUCUUCGGCAGCGUGGCAGAGCGAGCGUGGAUCCACGAGAAGAGGAUAGUGGUGUAUAAGGGAGAGAACCAGUUUGAGGAGCUUCAAGCAGAAACAUUACGGAAAACCACCAAUCCAACAGAGAGACAGAAGCUGCUGAAGCCUCAGUCUCAGCGUGAGCGUGCUCAGUGGGAAGUGGGCGUCGGUCAUGCGGAGGCAGCCCUGCUGAUGACCCGUGAGGAGCGUAAUGAGAAUUACACUUUCAUUUACAUCGACAAACAGCCCUGUGACGAGCCUGAACCCGUCACCUCCCCCACCACCAAAACCAGAAAGACCGCCAGACCCGAGCGCCGUCUCCGGCGCUCUAGAAGCACAAGGAAGGAGGUGUUACCACGGCGCCAGCAGCCACGCCGACAGUGCAGCAUCACCAGCACUGAGGAGCACAGCUCUCCAAACCGGGAUGAGGAGGACACGGACCUCAGCCCUGCGGGUCAGCCUCCUAGUCCUGAAGAAUCUCAGCCAAGUCCCCGAAAGCCCUCCCCUCCUCCAGUCCGGACGCCUUGGAGAACCGCAGCCGCUCGAAAGCUGCUCCCUCUUUCCAUCACCAUGAAGAAGCUGAAUGUGGAGAUCAUUAAAUGCGACUGGCAGCUGCCCAAAGUGAAGGUGGAGCCACCGCCCAAGCAGGUGGAGAGAGAGGAGAGAGCGAGAGACCAGGCUCAGUCUCCUGAGGGCUCAAGUGAUAAAGCAGAGGCUGAGACGUGCUCCAGUGAGGAAGAACGAGCGGCUUCACCUACAACCUGGAGCGACCCGGAAAGCGGAGAACAUGCUUCAAAAGAAGCGAUGGAGAGGAAGCAGCAGCGCCGGUGUGUGCGGAGCCGCUCAGAGUCAGAGAAGAGUGUCGAACCCAUUCCAAAGAAGAAGGUGAAGAAAGAACAGGCGGAAACUGCACCUCAGAUGGACUUUAAGACGGGAUCGCAAAAAGGGGCGAGUGAGAUCUCAGACUCGUGUAAGCCACUGAAGAAACGUAGCCGUGCCUCUACAGACGUGGAGAUGGCCAGCUCUCUCUACAGAGACACAUCUGACUCCGACUCCAGAGGACUCAACGACCCACAGAGUGGCUUUGGGAAGCGCUCAGACAGUCCUGCUACAGUGGACGCUGAUGGCUCUGAUGCUCAGUCAGUCGAUUCUAACGUCUCACGGCAGGGCAGCAGCUCCUCUAAGAAGGAUCUGGUGUGUCAGGUGUGUGAGACAUUUGGGGAUUCCCUGCUGAGCUGUGAGGGCGACUGUAACAGAUUGUUUCACCCCGAGUGUCUGGCCUCUGCUGGAGGGAUGGAGGGAGAGGCCAUCUGCACUGAGUGCAGGACAGGUUCCCACCCCUGUUUCUCCUGUAAAGUCGCUGAAGGAGAUAUAAAGCGCUGUUCAGUGAAUGGAUGUGGUCGCUACUACCACGAGACAUGUGCUCGUAAAUAUACGGGCAGCACCGCUGAGCCCAGAGGACUGCGCUGCCCUCAGCACAGCUGCGCCACCUGCUGUCUGGAGCGAGACCUGCACAAGGCCAACAAAGGCCGAAUGAUGCGCUGUAUCCGCUGUCCUGUGGCAUACCACACUGGAGACGGCUGCAUCGCAGCAGGCAGCGUGGUCAUCACACCUCACGUCAUCAUCUGCAGCAAUCACUCGAGCGCUCGGAGAAAUGGCCACUUGUCCUCGCCUGUAAACGUAGGCUGGUGUUUCAUUUGUGCCCGAGGGCUCUUAGUGCACGACCACACUGACACCGUUUUAAGUUCUUAUACCUUUAAGUCUCACUACCUUCUGACUGAGUCAAAUCGUGCUGAGUUGAUGAAAUUACCUAUGAUUCCUUCUUCUUCGUCAGCUACCAAAAAGAAUAUUGGAAAAGGAGGAAGGCUGCUGUGCUGUGAAGCGUGUCCCGCCUCCUUUCACCCCUCAUGCCUGAACAUCGAGAUGCCGGAGGGAGUUUGGCUGUGCAGUGAGUGCAGAUCAGGAAAGAAACCUCAUUAUAAACAGAUCGUCUGGGUCAAACUGGGCAACUACAGGUGGUGGCCUGCUGAAAUCUGUAACCCUCGCCUGGUUCCGUCCAACAUCCAGAGUCUGAAGCACGACAUUGGAGAUUUCCCUGUUUUCUUCUUCGGUUCCCACGACUACUACUGGAUCCACCAGGGCAGGGUGUUCCCUUAUGUAGAGAGUGACAAGAACUUUGCUGAGGGACAAGUCGGGAUUAACAAGACUUUUAAGAAAGCUCUGGAGGAGGCAGCAAGGAGAUUCCAGGAGCUGAAGGCUCAGCGCGAGACAAAAGAGGCUUUAGAACAGGAGCGCAACUCCCGCAGGCCCCCACCAUAUAAACUCAUCAAGUUCAACAAGCCUGUGGGAAAGGUGCAAGUGCACGUGGCAGAUCUUUCGGAGAUCCCGCGCUGUAACUGCCGGCCAACGGAUGAACGGCCAUGCAGUCAGGACUCUCAGUGUUUGAACCGCAUGCUUCAGUACGAGUGCCACCCGCAGGUGUGUCCGGCUGGAGAACGAUGCCUCAACCAGAGCUUCUCCAAGCGCAUCUACGCCGACACUGAGGUCAUCAAGACCAGUGCCCGUGGCUGGGGUCUCAAAACCAAACAGGACCUGAAGAAGGGAGAUUUUGUGAUGGAGUACGUUGGAGAACUGAUUGAUUUGGAAGAGUGUCGUCAGCGGAUAAGCCAUGCAAAUAAGAAUCAUGUGACCAACUUUUACAUGCUGACCCUCACCAAGGACCGUGUGAUUGAUGCUGGACCCAAAGGGAAUCUCUCUCGCUUCAUGAACCACAGCUGCAGCCCAAACUGCGAGACACAGAAGUGGACAGUGAAUGGGGACAUUCGCAUUGGACUCUUCACGCUGUGUGACAUCGCAGCAGACACUGAGCUGACGUUUAAUUAUAAUCUGGACUGUCUGGGGAACGGGAGAACAUCAUGUCACUGUGGAGCAGAGAACUGCAGUGGUUUCCUCGGAGUUCGGCCCAAGAGUGCAGUAGUGAUGGAGAAGGAGGAGAAGGUGAAGAAUUCAAAGCUGAAGGCUAAGAAGCGUAAGCUGAAACUGGAGAGCAGGCAGACCCACGAGUAUUACUGCUACUGCUGUGGUGAGGGUGGAGAGCUGGUCAUGUGUGACAAGAAGGACUGUCCUAAAGCCUAUCACCUGCUCUGCCUCAACCUCACCAAGCCUCCAUACGGUCGUUGGGAGUGCCCAUGGCACCAGUGCAACUUGUGCCAGCGCCCCGCUUCCGCCUUUUGCCACUUCUGCCCCACCUCCUUUUGCCGUGAGCACGAGGCUGGGCAGCUGGCGCUUUCGGCUCAGGACAGCCGACCCUGCUGCCCAAAACACGAUCCAGCUCAGACCAGCCGGGCCAGAGUGAAGAAGGAGCAACCGGAGCCAGGGGAGGAGGAUGGAGAAGGGGAGGGGGAGGAGGAGGAGGAGGAGGAGGAGGAAGAGGGAGUGGCGGGAGGCGGAGGAAAAAAUGGAGAGCGAGGUGGAGAGGCAGAGGGCGAGUGA